UUAUCGGAAUUACAAGGAAGCAAAAUAACGCGUGGUCUACAUGGGGCGAUGUUUUUAAAUGGAAAUUAAUCUAAAAUUCUAAAAAAAAGCGCAAAAUUUUGUAUUAUAUAGUGUUUUUAAAAAGUAAGCGAAAUGAGCAUGAAGACCGAUCUUGACAUUCCGUCUCGUUUCCAGUCGUCAUUUUUCGCCAUGUGUCGUUUACACUCGUUUCCAUGGACGUCUUUAGAAACUGAACUCCAAAACUCGCCGUCUGACGUAAUUCUGGCCAUUUUAAAAAAGACUUGUCUUCAUUCUGUGUGUCGUAAAUACCCACCUUCGGUGAAAUACAGGAGGCUUUUCCUGUCUGAACUAAUAAAAAGGCAUGAAGCGACUGCAUCCGAGCCUCUGGAUGAGCUUUACGACACUCUAGCCGAAGUCAUGGGAGCCAGAGAGGAGACUGUGUGUUAUAAAACGUAUUUCCUGCCUUCAGGAGAGCCGAUGAGUCUGGAAGAGAAUGUAGCGAUGAUCUCAGAGGGCACCACCGGGCUCGUCACGUGGGAGGCGGCUCUGUACCUGGCUGAGUGGGCGCUGGAAAACACACACGUCUUCACUGGAAAGACGGUGCUGGAGCUGGGCAGCGGCGUAGGACUCACUGGUGUGGCAGUGUGUCACUCCUGUAAGCCCAAAACAUACAUUUUCACCGACUGCCAUCAAAGUGUGCUGCGGAGACUAGGGGAUAAUAUCCGGCACAACGGUUUAACCCGGGAACACGGAAUGGGCGUGUCGGUGCGUGUGGAGGAACUGGACUGGGAACACGCACAGGAGGAGGAGCUACAGGAAAUUGGGGCUGAGACUGUCAUCGCAGCGGACGUGGUGUACGAUCCCGAGAUCAUCGGCUGUCUGGUCAGACUACUAGAGAAACUCGUAAAGAUUCCGAAAAAGGCUCCGGAGGUUUACAUCUCCUCGACGAUCCGCAACCCAGGAACUUACACGAGCUUCAAGGAGGAACUGGAAAAGGCUGGAUUAAAACACGUCACCGUUACGAAUCCUGUCACGCAAGUCUUCCCGUACGACAGAGUCUCUUCUAUAGAAAUCAUCAACGUGCUCGCUGCUGACUGACUUCACAAAAAGAAAAACGUAAUAAAGUGCCUAUUUACAUCGUA